CUCGCUGUGAAUAUUUUCUGGCGCAACAUUGCCCAUAGCGACAAUGUUCCACGAUCUGAAUGUGCCGUGGCCAGGCUUGGGCGCAGAAUCUGUGAGCCAAAUGCAGCGCACAGUCGCUUUCUUGGACGAAUUAGGAUACGACGUAGUUGCCCUUACGCAUACAUAUACUGGCAAACUGCCGAGCGAACUUAGCUCGCCAAUACCAAGUCCACUGCCGUUUCCCGUCCCACAGCGACUGCGCAUACUGCGACGAUGUAAUAUUUUCCUGACCGACAACUCCAAUUUCCGCAUUGCACAGCUGCAGCAGCACUAUGACCUCGUCGCUGCCCGCCCAUCCGACGAGCGCACCCUCCAGCAAGCAUGCCUCAGCCUCGACGUCGACAUCAUCUCGCUGGACCUGACGCGCCGGUUCGAGAGACACUUCAAGUUCCCCAUGUUAGGCGCGGCGAUUGCGCGCGGGAUCAAGAUUGAGCUGUGCUACAGCCAGGGCAUACUCUCAAGCGACCCGCAAGCGAAGCGCAACCUGAUCAGCAAUGCGACGCAGCUUAUUCGUGUCACGCGCGGCCGAGGCCUGAUUUUCAGCUCAGAAGCAAAGAGCGUUCUGGGUAUCCGCGCGCCGAGCGACGUCAUCAACCUGGCAUCCGUGUGGGGGUUGGGAUCAGAAAGAGGCAAAGAUGGUCUGACAAAGGAAGCGCGCAGUGUCGUUGAGCAUGCGCGACUGAAGCGGGAAAGCUUCAAGGGCGUGAUUGAUUUCAAGUAUGGAGGGGAGAAGCCAGUUCCUAUCUCGAAAGACAAGCAAGAUGGGAAGGGCAAGGCGAAGAACCAGAACGGAAAGCGGCCGAAUGAGAGUUUGGAGAGUACAUCUGCGCCUCAGGCAGAGAAGCCGGUUUCCAAGCGCGAGCAGAAGCGCCAAAAGCAGGCGCAAGCUAAUGCAGCGGUAAAGGGAGCGGCCUGAGCGAUCAAGGGAGAAGGACGAAAGACUCCUACAUCCACCGACGAGCGUCGCGUACUCACAGCAGCCACUUGGACUACCGAGACAUUGGCAAGCCGCAUCAUAGACGACGGUUGAGAUGAUUAGAUCCCUAGUACGAGGUCCUCAUGCCUCGAAGGGACCCAAGAUUCAAGCAUGCGAAUGCCUUCAAGAGACUGCCUGACUUGGCCUUCAGCUCUUCGAGUUUGCUCUUGUGCGCCAACGAAUCCAGCGAACAGGGUUGUCGACAGAUCUAGCAGAACUGACAGAUCACAAAUACCGUCGUCCACCUGAAGUUGUUAUCAUGAAGUAGACGCAAAGAUACCCAAUAGACACGACACAAGUCACUGUUCACACGC